GCACAGCAGAGGAUCUCUGAGUGCCGGGAUGAUGGAGGAAAAGCAACAGAAGCUCAGCCUGAGGCGAGACGUGGGGCUGGUCGGCGCCGUGUCGCUGAUCGCAGGGACGAUGAUCGGAUCUGGGAUCUUCAUGUCCCCGCAGACCGUUAUCUCCUCUAUUGGCAGCUCGGGGGCCAGCCUGGUGGUGUGGGCCAGCUGCGGCCUGCUGGUGAUACUGGUGUCCUUCUGCUACGCUGAACUGGGCACCGUCAUCCAGGAGUCAGGGGGAGAGUACAUCUACAUCCUCAGGACAUCGGGUCCAGUCAUGGCCUUCAUGUUGGCCUUCACCUCCAUCUUAUUUGUGAGACCCGCUGGAGUCGCCGGCAUCUCUCUGAGCUUUGCUCAGUACGUCGUGGCUCCUUUCUAUCCAGAAUGCCCUCCUCCAGAGCUGGUGGUGAAAUGUGUGGCUGCAGCUGCGAUCGUGGUCCUGGCGAUCGUAAACUGCAUGAAUGUUCGCUUCUCGAUGUCGGUGCAGGUGUUCUUUAUGGUGGCUAAGGUUGUGGCCUUGGCAAUCAUUAUCAUAGGGGGGGUGGUCAUGCUUGCCAAAGGGAGCACGGAAAGCUUUGAAAACUCCUUUGAGAACUCAAACGUGGGCAUCAAUCCAAUCGGUAUUGCUCUCUACCAGGGACUGUGGUCAUAUGACGGCUGGAACAAUCUGAACUACGUGACUGAGGAGCUGAAGCGUCCAGAGGUAAACCUUCCCAGAGCUCUGGUGAUAGCAAUCUCUCUGGUCACUGGCUUGUAUCUGCUGGUGAAUGUGAGCUAUCUGACGGUGAUGACGCCCCAGGAGCUCAUGUCCUCCACCGCCGUGGCCGUCACCUGGGGGAACAAGGUGCUGGGAAGCUGGGGUUGGAUCAUGUCGUUGGCUGCAGCCCUGUCUGCGUUCGGUUCCUUGAAUGGGACAUUCUUCAGCGGGGGUCGAGUCUGCUUUGUGGCGGCCAGGGAGGGCCACAUGCCAGAUAUUCUCUCCAUGGCUCACAUCCACCGCCUGACUCCCUCUCCGGCUCUCAUCUUCACCACUGUGAUCUCGCUGGUGGUGCUCAUCCCCGGAGACUUUCAGAGUAUAGUCAACUACUUCAGUUUCACAGCCUGGUUUUUCUAUGCUGUCACUCUGUCUGGACUGAUCUAUCUCAAAAUAAGGAAACCGGAGCUCCCAAGACCGUACAGCGUCCCCAUCGUGCUCCCCAUUCUGAUCCUGCUGGUGGCAGUUUUCCUCGUACUGGCCCCCAUCAUAGACCAGCCUCAGAUUGAAUACCUUUACGUGGCGUUAUUUAUCCUGAGUGGUGCAAUAAUCUAUGUACCGUUCAUCCAUUACAAGCUCUGCCCGGGGCUGUUCGAUAGGGUGACAAUGUUCCUGCAGCUGUUCCUGGAGGUGGCCCCGGCAGAAAAAAACCUGUGAUUUCAAGCUUGCUGCGGGUUAAUCUUAACCUGCGGGGACAAUAAGCUCCAAAAACCAGUUUAUGUAAUUGGUUUAAACAGACUGUGUUUUAUCCUUGCUGCACUUAUUUAAAUUAAACUGUGUGUUUAAAAAGAAUUACGAUAAUUUAUUUUAAGCACAUUUUAUGGUAGGAAAAAGUCAAAUCUGCAACAAAUCGUGCAGUUAUUUCUGAUAAGCUGUAUUUUGUUACUGCAUAAACAGACGCAUUACAAAGAGGCGUUUCGAUUCGUAGCAGCUGCUUUAUUUGGUUAAAACAAUAAUUUAAAAAAAAAGUGUCUCAGUGUGAUGGCUCCCUCUUUGUAGCUGUAUUUUUUACAUUUCAGUCAAUAAAAGCAUAAAAAGCGAAGACACAUGAUUAAGUUUACAUUUUCUGAAGACGAUUGUUGAUAUAUUUGGUGCCUUUUCAGUUAC